AUUACCAAAAUUAGGAAAAACAUCUAUUUAGGCGGACAAAAAGAUAAAAUACACUCCUGCCACCAUUUUCUCCAUCACUCACCUCUCUUCGUACUCUCCGUCCACCACCACCGCCGCUGAUACUUCAAAUACACCCGUCCACUGACGUCAUAUUCCGACAAGGUGACGACUUCCCCUUCACUAUGUCACAGAAAUGACAAGGUCCCGGGACCGUUCACCAACAAGAACAAGAACAACAACCAUUUCAACUGGCGGCAGCGGAGGAGCGGCGGCGGCGAUGAGGGUAAUAGUACCCUUACAAGGAGUAGUACAAGGCCGAGGUGGUCUUUUCUUUGGUUCAGUUAUACCUUGUGCUCUUUUCUACUUCUGGCAACUCUACCUCAAACGUAAUCGCUCCGCCGGUGACGACAAUAACGGUGAAUCUCCAGCUCCGGCGAGGUCUCCGUCGUCUAGCCAUUUGGCGGAAGUGUCGUCUUCUGGUUCAGGAGGGUUACAGAGAGUUCAGUCGUCACGUUUAUUACUGUCACCUAAGGGAGCUACUGGGCCCUCUCAAGUGUCUUCAAGAGCUAAUUCUAUUAUUUCUAAACAAAGUGAUAUUAGUCCUUACUAUAUUGGACUAAAAAGAGCUUCUGAGGACCCUUAUGAUGAGUCAAGUAAUCCAGAUGGUGUUAUUCAACUUGGAUUAGCAGAAAACAAGUUGUCAUUGGAUUUAAUUCAAGAAUGGCUGGCAGAAAAUGUGUCAAAAUGGAUGAUGAAUCAGGAUUUGAGUAUAAGUGGAAUAGCUACUUAUCAACCAUUUGAUGGGUUGUUGGAGUUGAAAGUGGCUGUGGCAGGAUUUAUGUCUCAAGCUGUGGAGAGAUCAGUGUCCUUCUGCCCCUCUCAAAUGGUUCUUACCACUGGUGCAACUCCUGCUCUUGAGAUACUGAGCUUCUGCCUAUCUGAUCCUGGAAAUGCAUUUCUUGUUCCCUCACCAUAUCAUCUCGAUCUUGAUAGGGAUGUCAAAUGGCGAACUGGAGUGGAGAUUAUACCCGUUCCUUGCCGCAGUGCAGACAACUUUAGCUUGAGCAUUGAUGCUCUUGACCGAGCACUUAAUCAAGCUAAGAAACGUGGUCUUAAAGUACGAGGGAUUAUUAUUUCUAACCCCUCAAAUCCCGUAGGCAAUCUGUUCACUAGGGAGACACUUUAUAACCUCUUAGACUUUGCAACUGAGAAGAACAUCCACGUAAUAUCCAAUGAAAUCUUGGCUGGGUCUUAUGGAAGUGAAGAGUUUGUCAGCAUAGCAGAGAUAAUUGAUUCUGAAGAUUUUGACCGGAACAGGGUCCACAUUGUCUAUGGUCUCUCUAAGGACCUCUCUCUUCCUGGUUUCAGGGUGGGAUUAAUCUAUUCUUGCAAUGAAAAUGUUCUAGCAGCUGCAAAAAAAUUGACAAGAUUCUCAUCCAUUUCAGUGCCAACACAGCAUUUGCUCAUUCAGAUGCUAUCAGAUGCAAAAUUUGUGCAACAAUUUAUCAAAAAGAAUAGAGAGAGGCUCAAAAGGACGUGUUCUCUAUUUGUUAGUGGAUUGAAGCAGCUGGGAAUUGAGUGCACCAAAAGUAGCGGGGGCUUCUACUGUUGGGCUGACAUGAGCAGGUUAAUUCGAUCGUAUAGUGAAAAGGGAGAGAUUGAGCUUUGGGAUAAGCUACUAAAUGUAGCUAAGAUCAAUGUAACUCCUGGUUCUUCCUGCCACUGCGUUGAACCUGGGUGGUUCAGGUUAUGUUUUACUACCUUAAGUGAGAAGGAUAUUUCCACAGUUAUGCAACGUAUUCAGAAAGUUUUGGAGAUGCGUAGGUCUCUGAGUUAAGUUGCUAAUCACACGAUCCUUUACUCAUAAUCACACGAUCCUUUACUCAUAGUCAACCGUAGCCAAAACUUUGGCAGGAAUGAGGUCACACGUAAGAUAGCUUUGAAUGGUUCAACUUAGUGCCUAAUGUUCUGAUAAUGAGAUCAGGAUGCAGCAUUGGGAACCAAAUGCAGAGAAAACCAAAAAUGCCAGACUGCCAUUCGCAAAUGCAUUCCUCCAAGUUUGUGGGUUUUGACCAGCCUCAGGAUUCCAGAGAAUGUAGAUAGGUGAAUUAGCAAUCAACAUUGAUGCAAGGCUAAGCAUAUAGCAUGUAGAAAUUGGUAUCAAAUGAAAUUCUUUUCCAAAUUUAAUGUGCAUAGUCAAUAAGUAUGGCCUGAAAGCUUAUUUUUCUUUUUAUAUUCCCCCUAGUUGUAUAGUUACAGGUACAUGUACCGACUCAUUAUUUGUUCGCAUUCAUUCUUGUGUUAGUAGUAGAUAAUGUUAUUUGAGAAAUGAAUUGAUUUCUUACAUCC